GACGUCACGGAGGCUGAAUCUUGCCAGUCUGCUGGCGCGCUUCGUUCUCCCCGCGCCAUAGAUUGAAUUUUUAAGCAGAACCGAGCUGACGGAAUGUGACGUGUGGGAGCCGGAAAUGUGACGUGUGAGCAUGGUACAGACUCCAUAAAGUUUUUUUUCUUUGGUUACAAAAUGGCUAAGGAGCCGAGGAAUCUUCCCCAAUGGAUGUCUGCUCAAGAAAAGGAAAGUGCAAAUGGUAACAAAAAGAAAUUGUUAUAUAAGAAGAAUAUUUUAGAAGACGACCUUCCUUUCUUUGAGUUCACUGGCUCAAUAGUGUACAGCUACGAAGGAAAUGACUGCUCUCUAUUAUCAGAAGUCAUCAGGUCUGAGCUUCCUGAAGGAGCAGUGCUUGGGUUUGACAUUGAAUGGCCUGCGGUAUAUACAAAGGGAAAAAAUGGUAAAGUCGCCCUCAUCCAAGUCUGCGUUUCAGAGAGAAAAUGCUACUUAUUUCACAUUUCUGCCAUGACAAGCUUCCCAAAAGGGCUAAAGAGGUUGCUGGAAGAUGAGUCAAUAAGAAAGGUUGGCGUGGGAAUUGAAGGAGACCAGUGGAAGUUGAUGAGUGACUGUGACUUGAAACUGAAAGGGUUCAUUGAACUUGCAGAUGUAGCAAACCAAAAACUUAAGUGCAAAGAGAAGUGGAGUCUGAAUGGUUUGGUGAAGCACCUCUUUAAAAAGCAACUUCUUAAGGACAGUGCUGUGCGCUGCAGCAGAUGGGAUAUGUUUCCUCUCAAAGAGGAGCAGAAACUGUAUGCUGCCUCCGAUGCUUAUGCUGGUCUCCAAAUAUACCAGAAAUUAGAAAGCAUGGAUGAGCAAGAGAAGACUCUUUACCAUCCCAACAAAGAAAAUAAUUUUGCGGCGUUUGGCGUAAAACAGAAGAUAAGUAGUUUAUCGCAAGGAUUAGUUGAACUCGAAGAUUUGGUUCCAUGUGACUUUGAGCACUCUAAAGACGGCCAGAGAGCGCUCCAUAUUAUAGAAGACAUUUUUGGAAGGCUGGAAGAGUUGAAAAGUAUUAUACAGGACUCCAAAAAUGAUAACGGUCAACUACAAGACGGUGGCCAAGAGAGUGACUCUCCUAUGUUGCAUGAAAAGUGUAUGGGACCCAAUGAAGGGCCUAGCAGAGGCAAUAAGAGUAAUGAGUCCUGGGGAAAAGGACACGAAGAACAAGAUUUCUUCAGUACUCUAGGCAUCAGUGAAGAGGAGCUAAACAUGAUUGAGCAAGAAGGCGUUGAUGAGCAAAGAAGCAAGAAUGAUUAUAAGUCAGAUGAGGAUAUGAUUGAGGCAGAUGUGGACACGAAUCCAUCCAUCAUAAUCGACAGUGAUGAAGAGCUAGAAAGUGAAAUGCUUAAGUCUGUGGAUGACUUGGACAAUAGCCGAGAGAAGUGUCAUGAAAUUGAGCCUCUUCAGCAAGCCAUUGGCAAAGAAUUGACUGUUGCUCUUGAUGAAGAAGAUGAAGAUGAUGAAGGCAUAGAAGAAGAGGAAGAUGACUGGGAUCCAUCUGUUCCCGAACCAACUCUACAGCAAAUUUCAUGUUUGAAGACCUAUUUUGGCCAUUCAAGUUUUAAACCUGUUCAGUGGAAGGUCAUCCAUUCAGUUUUGAAAGAGAGACGAGAUAACCUGGUGGUUAUGGCAACAGGUUAUGGCAAAAGCUUGUGUUACCAGUUUGCCCCAGUAUACACAUCUGGUAUUGGAAUUGUGAUUUCCCCUCUAAUAUCACUGAUGGAAGACCAGGUGCUACAGCUUGAGAUGUCAAACAUUGCAUCGUGCUUUCUCGGAUCUGCUCAGUCAAAGAACGUCAUGCACGAUGUGAAGGCGGGGCGAUUUAAAGUUAUUUACAUGACUCCAGAGUUCUGCUCUAGUGGCAUGUCCCUUCUUCAGGAUCUCCACAAUAAAUAUGGCAUAACAUUGAUUGCGAUAGAUGAAGCACAUUGUAUUUCGGAAUGGGGUCAUGAUUUCAGAAGUGCCUACCGAAAUUUAGGGUCCCUGAAAAGAACACUUAAAACAGUACCAUUUGUGGCUUUGACUGCUACGGCAAGCCCUUCGAUCCGUGAGGACAUUAUUCGGUCACUUGAUCUACAAGACCCACAGAUCACCUGUACCAGCUUUGACCGGCCCAACCUAUUCCUGGAAGUGGCACGCAAAACCUCUAAUAUCAGCAAAGAUCUGCAACAGUUUCUCAUUAAAAAACAAGGGUCUAGCUGGGAGUUUGAAGGAGCCACGAUUGUUUACUGCCCUUCCAGAAAGACAUCAGAGCAAGUCACAGCAGAGCUGACCAAGCUGGGCAUUAAAUGUGACACAUAUCAUGCAGGCAUGGGGAUCAAGGCAAGGAGAGACGUACAUCACCGUUUCAUGCGAGAUGAAAUCCAGUGUGUAGUGGCCACUGUGGCAUUUGGGAUGGGCAUUAAUAAGGCUGAUAUCCGCAAAGUAAUCCACUAUGGGGCUCCUAAAGAAAUGGAAUCGUACUACCAGGAGAUUGGCAGAGCAGGAAGGGAUGGACUUCCCAGCUCUUGUCAUGCCCUAUGGGCCCCAGCAGACAUGAACUUUAACAGGCACAUGCUUAGUGAGAUAAAAAACAAAUCUUUUGGAGAGUACAAGCUGAAAAUGUUGGGAAAGAUGGAAAAAUACCUCAAUUCAAGCAGCUGUCGACGCAAGAUCAUCUUGUCUCAUUUUGAAGACAAACAACUCCGCAAGGCCUUGUCUGGCAUCAUGGGAACUGAAAAAUGCUGUGAUAACUGCAGGACAAGAUUAUUACAUAAUCUUUCAAUCAAUGACACGGAAGGCAAUUUACAAGACUUUGGCCAGAAGGCUUACCAGCUCCUGUCGGCAGUAGAGGCACUGGGUGGCAAAUUUGGGACUGGCGUUCCUGUCUUGUUUCUACGUGGAUCGAACUCACAGCGGUUGCCAGACAGAUAUCGCCGCCACCCUUGCUUUGGCAAGGGUAAAGACCAGACCGAGGUUUUCUGGAAGGCUUUGGCCCGGCAACUUAUCACAGAGGGCUUCCUUCAAGAGUCUUCUGGCCACAACAAGUUUGCCACUACUUGUGGCCUUACUGUUAAGGGCCGAAACUGGAUUAGCAAAGCUGAAAAUGAAUUAACUCCAAGUUUGCUGCUUCAGCCCAAUGAAGAUUUAUGUCCUCGUAGAACCUUUACUCCAAGUCUGCAGACACAUUCUCCUUUAGUGAGACAGCCUUCACCAAAUGCAAGAUCUGCUAAACCUGGACCAGAUCAUCGGAAAACUUUGGACAGGUUUUCAUAUAAAGAAGGGGAGAAACUUCCCAAAACUUCAGUUUCAAAAACAAGACUGCAGUCACCAAUCAAGCCUUCCAAACCACCAGAGCCCACAAUUUCCCCCAGAGAGCUGGAGUUGCAGACUUCCCUGUAUGGCAAGCUGGUUGCUGCUAGACAGAAAAUUGCUAGCGAGAAAGAUAUACCGCCUGCAGUGCUGGCUACCAACAAAGUACUGGUGGACAUGGCUAAAUUGAGGCCAACCACUGUAGACAACAUAAAAAAGCUUGAUGGUGUGUCAGAGGCAAAAGCCACAAUGUUGGCACCCCUUGUUGCCACCGUCAUGGAGUUUUGCCUUGCUCACGGUUUACAGACAGAUGCGCUUUCCAGUUCCAGCCCAAAAUCAGCUAAUACACCAGUUAAGAAAGUCUCUGUUUCUAUCUCUUUACCCGAAUCCCAGCGAGUUACUUAUUCGAUGUUCCAAGAACAGCAUUUAUCUAUGCAAACAAUUGCAGAUGCACGUAGUCUGAGUAUAGCUGCAGUAGGUAUGCAUUUAUGCCAGGCAUUGAAAGCAGGUUACCCAGUGAAUGUGCAGCGGACUGGCCUGACUUCCACUAUACAAGACACCAUUAGUAAUGUUAUCAAAAAACCGCCUAUUAAUUCAGAUCUGUCUAGUUUUACAUCAAUUCGGGAGCAGGUUCCUCCUUCCAUUGAUAGCUACCUCAUCCGAAUGGCAAUUGCUCUACUGGAAAAGGAGCCCAGCAAGGAGAGAGAGGGUCAAAAAGCGCUCUCAAGCACAAGCCUACCGAUUACCACAGAACAGCCAAAACCCGAGUUGAUGAAGGGCACAACCGUUACCUGGAUAGACAAAAAGAAAUCAAUGGAAACACUUAAAUCGAAUUUUCAGCAGCCUGCAAUAGCUCAAUCAGAACCGUCAAAAGCUCCAAAUGUAGCUCCGAUCAAACUGGCAUCAUGGAACCAGCCCACGCUGGAUGCAGAAACAGAGGAACUGUUCUCAGAAUCUCAGUUACAGAGCAGUGCAACAACCCCAAAGAGGAAAUUACCUGAAUGGUUUGGAUCUCGAGGAGCAAAUUCCGCCUCAUCUAAUGUGAUCAAGAAAGUCAAAGUUGAGAAGAAAAAGGGUCUCUUUGGGUGAUAUUGCCCAAAUGACAGUUAUAUAUAAAGUUGGCAAAUGACAGUGUUACUGCGUGUAUA